AUGCAGCGGGGGAGCAGCAACUACCGUCUGCAGCGCCUCUUUGGCGCCGAUGGCCGAUGCUUUGAUGUGGCGGUAGACCACGGCAUCUUUGGCGAGCUCACCUUUCUCAAGGGCAUCGAGGAGAUGGAAGCGGUGGUGCGGACGGUGGUUGAGGCCAACCCCGAUGCCGUGCAGCUGAGUCCUGGCCAAGCGCACCUCUUGCAGUCGAUCCCCGGCAAGGCCAAGCCCGCGCUCGUCCUCCGCGUAGACACGACAAACGCGUACGAGCAGCCGAAACCGAGCCACCUGUUCAGCCAACUGAUCGCCGAUCCUGUGGGCCAGGCACUACGCCUCGAUGCUGCAUGCGUGGUGGUGAACCUGAUCCGCAUCGAAGGGGCCGAGGCGCUCUAUCACCAGUGCCUCCAGAACAUCGUUCAGAUCAAGCCUGAAUGCGAGAAGUGGGGCAUGCCGCUCAUGAUCGAGCCGCUCAUGCACGCACCCUUGCCCUUCCUCGUAAUGAAGGCCGAUGGCGAGCGCUACGGUGUUGACGGCGAUGUGGCCAAGAUCAUUCCUCUGGUGCGACAAGCCGUCGAGCUGGGGGCCGACGUUGUCAAGGCCGAUCCCACCACCGACAUGGAGGAGUACCACAAAGUGGUGGCGGUUGCGGGGCGGGUGCCGGUCCUGGUGCGUGGCGGCGGCAGGGCGUCAGACGAAGAGGUCCUGCAGCGCACUGCCACCGCGAUCGGCCAGGGCGCGCGUGGCAUCGUCUACGGCCGCAACGUCGUGCAGCACCGCACGCCUAAGGGCAUGACGCAGAGCCUGAUGGGCGUCGUCCACGACGGCCUCUCCCCCGCCGAGGCUCUUCAACGCCUCCAGGCCAGUUGA